CAUCUUUCUACCCCUCUCCCUCCCUCCCUCCCUCCCCCUCUCACGGGCUGCACGCUGCCUCGCUCCGACCGACCGCCACGCCCUCACAUCCCCAUCUCCAUCUCUCUCCGCGUUGCUCUGCCUCUGCCACCGCUUCACCCGCGCGCGGUCGGGCUCCUAGCUAGCUGCUGCCUCUUCUCCCCUUGAUGUGGCGCCGGGCGCCGAGCUGCUGCUGCUCGCGCACCAGAGGCGUCGGAGGCGAGCUCCCCGGACGCCUGGCGGUCUAGCCUCCUCGCGCUCCUACAAGAGGGAGAUCCGGGCUUUCUUGCGUUUGGUGGGGCCGUGUGACCCCACGGGACCCAAAGUGGAUCCACUCUGGCGGAAAUGGAGUCGGGGAGCACGUUCUAUGCGGGUGAAGGUCUUCACAUUGAUCCCAGCUGGCUCAUCGACCCAAAGCUUCUCUUUGUUGGGCCACGGAUCGGUGAGGGUGGACAUGCAAAGGUCUACGAGGGGAAGUACAAGAACCAAAAUGUUGCUAUCAAGAUUGUGCACAAAGGGGACACCCCUGAAGAGGUCAUCAAGAGGCAGGGUAGGUUCUUGAGAGAGGUGACCAUGCUAUCAAGGGUGCAGCACAAGAACCUUGUCAAGUUUAUUGGAGCUUGCCUAGAGCCUGUCAUGGUGGUGGUGACUGAGCUAUUAGUGGGGGGCUCUUUGCGGAAGUAUUUGGUCAGCUUACGGCCUAGGAACCUGGAGCCUCGUGUAGCAGUUGGAUUUGCAUUGGACAUCGCCCGAGCCAUGGAAUGUUUGCAUGCACAUGGGAUCAUUCAUCGUGAUCUUAAACCUGGUAAGAUUUUCCAUUUUGCAUUUGAAUACUAGGUGAAUCUCUGCAAA